UACAAAAAAAGCUUGACAAUUCUUGAUCUGUCAGGUGUACAAAAUUAAUUACCUGUAAAAAAUAAUUAAAAUAAGCAAAAGUAGUCUAAAACGAUGCUUUACAAUAACUUAAUGUAGUGUAGUGCUAUGUAGUGUUAAAAAUAACGUCAAUUAACCUAAAAAAAUGUCCGAAACUACUGCAGGUGCAGAGACGAAAGAAGUCACGUGUGAGUCAAACGACCCGGGCGUGGAAGAGGUGGUGAUAAAAUGUGACGUCAUUGAGAUUUCGGACGAUGACGAGGAACCAAAGCCCAAGAGGCGUCGCAGAAAGAAACCCCCAUCCGACCAGCGGCACCCGUGCGAAGUCUGCGAGAAAACCUUCCAAACAGGUUACGAGCUGAAGAAACACGCUCGCACGCACACAGGCGAGCGUCCGUAUAUGUGCACUACUUGCGGCAAGACUUAUACACAGCUUGGGCACCUUAGUAUACACCAGCUCGCGCAUAAAGGUUCGUAUUGCCAUAGCUAUAAGGCUCAAUGUUGA